GUGCUAGUUAAGCAUCCAGCAGAGCUGCAUACAGUGCCUACCCCUUAUUCCGAAUCUGCUCCUUGAACCAGCAGCAUCUUUUCCAUCCCCAUUCAUUCAAGGAUCUCAUGCUUUGACGAGCGUGAUCUCCACCUUUCGGGCUUUCGCGCGCGCUGCAUUUAAGGACCCGUGCCUCGACAAAUCCUGACGGCAAUACUGAUCUCACCCCUGGAGGCUUACUUGAACAAGGAUUACACAGAUUCUGCAGGGCGAAACCAUUUAUGACAACAGCCGCACCAUGAAGGUACUUUUACUACUCGCCCUAUUGACGUUAUGUCACACGAAACCAUACAAGCAUGUCAACGUCAUGGAUUUCAUCAAGGAUCAUGAACUUAUGCAACAAGACGCGGGCGAUUAUGAUGACGAUGAUGACGACGAUGAUGACGACGGCGAUGUCGAAUACAACGAUUAUGAUGAUAACGUUGUUUCGGACUGUCCCGAAUGGUGUCGGUGCUCAAAGAAAGUUCUGCAGUGCUCAGAUCAGGGUCUGACCAAGGUGCCAAAGGACAUUCCUGCAAACACGUUGCUCGUCGACCUCCAAAACAAUGACAUCACGGAAAUCAAGGAAGACGAUUUUAAAGGCUUGGAUAAUCUCUAUGCCCUGUUUCUGCUCAACAACCAGAUAUCGAAAAUUCACCCAAAGGCGUUUCGCAACAUGAACAAACUCAAGAUUCUCCACCUUUCAUACAACCUGCUGACACAGAUGCCCGAGAACCUCCCCACGAGCAUUCAGUCGCUGCGACUGCACGACAACAAGAUUAGCCGACUUCCGAAAGGAGCGUUUAAAGGAAUGCAGGACCUAAAUGUUUUAGAACUCAGUGCAAACCCAAUUGCAAACAGCGGGAUUGAACCAGGGGCCUUUGACAACAUGGCGACCCUCUACUUGAGAAUAGCUGAAGCAAAGCUUACAGCUAUCCCUAAAGAUCUGCCACCUUCCCUCAACGAGCUUCACUUGGACUACAACAAGAUCGCCAAAGUGGAGUCCGAGGAUUUUUUGAGAUUAAAAAGCCUACAGAGGUUGUGGCUUGACUUCAAUCAAAUCAAGUACGUGGAGAACGGAAGUUUCACUCCCAUUUCCAAAGUCAGAGAAAUGCAUCUGGAUAACAAUAAACUGAAGAAAGUUCCUCCAGGCUUGAACAACCUGAAGUACUUGCAGGUGGUGUACUUACAUGCCAACAGCAUCAGUAACGUUGGAGUAAACGACUUUUGCCCUUCGAGAACCCGGGUUAAAAAAACUCUCUACACUAGGAUUAGUUUAUACGCAAACCCAGUGAAAUACUGGGAGAUUCAGCCACCUACUUUUCGGUGCGUUUCCAGCCACAAUUCAGUGCAGCUGGGUAACCACAGAAAGUGAGCGAAACAGUAGCGACAUGCACCAUCUUGCCACUGGAGGGCAGCAUUAUAACUAGUCAUGAACUUCAUCCUAAUGUAAUAAAUUAUCACGUCCUCAUGGUGAUGUACAGAAUGUAAUUUAUCCAAAAUCCAAGAGCGUCUACAGCGGAUAGGGACUCGUUACUUGAAUUUGGUGAGGAUUUCGAAGACUUUGAAUUACAUCAGAGACAAAUCAACAACACUGUGUGCAAUAGAUGCAUAGGUUUUCAUUAUUAAUGUUUACGUUGAAAUAUUUUCAACUUUAUAAAGAGCGAAGAACAGUUUUAAUGGCAAACUUUUAGAUCAGGUGCUAAACAAAUUUGUCCCCAUAUAAUGAAGUUCUCUAAAUAAGGAACAACUGUAUAGAAUCUUAGAAUAAAAUAAAAAUCAAAUUUACAAGGCCAGUUUGCUUUAUGUUUUACUUCUUGUAUUUUAGAGAAUGGGCAUUAUUCAUUGGUGCUUAUUAGCAGUUUUAGUGAUAACAACAAAAUUAAUAUUGCAUGCUAAAGUUUCAUUAUAUAACUUUAUUCAUUGCCAUUGUUUUCUCUGAAAUAUUAGAGAUGGACAUUCUUGUCAUAAUCUCAGAAAUAAAAAAAAACUGAUCUGUAUGGACCACCGGGUUGGUUGCAGUUUACACAACAGCGUUCCUGACAUUUGCAAAACUGUACUUUCAGCAAGUGUUUUCUUAGCCAGCGGUGCUGUGUUAUUUGUUUCCAAUUCAGAUGUUGUUUCUUUAGAAAAAUAAAG